AGAGAAUAACCUUUUUUAUCAUUCAAACGUGAGGCCCUAAUCGUAUAAUAUUUUUAAAAUGUCGAUAUUAAGAUCUUCUAAGUUUUUGCGGUAUUUCGUUACUUUUGCUCGAAACACUGUUUUUACAAGACCCACCGAAUACGAUAACACCUUGUUAAGAAAUAGUAAACUUUUGGUUAAUUCCAACUUCAGUUAUGCCUCUCAGCCUCUUAAUCAAAAUAGAAAUAUUGAAAAGUCUAUUCAAAAACUUGAUCAAGAUGUUCGCAGAUCAGGAAGAAUAUCGAAGAAAGAAUUGGAAGAAGUAUUUAAUGAAAUCAGGCAUUCAAAACAUGCCACUAGUACUCAAUCGUUAAUGAUUAUUCGGUGCUGUGGUAAUUUAGUACCAGAAGAAAGUCCUGAGGUGAGGACUAAGCUUGUGAAUGAAAUUUGGUCUACAUUUGAAAAAUUAGGAGUUCCAUUUGAUAUCAGCCACUACAAUGCCUUGUUACGAGUCUAUCUAGAGAACGAACAUCAAUUUUCACCAUCGGAGUUUUUAGCUGAUCUCCAGACGAAAGGAAUUGAACCGAAUCGUGUGACUUAUCAGCGACUGAUAACAUCUUAUUGUCAGAAAGGUGACAUAGAAGGCGCGACGAGAAUACUUGAAUACAUGAAGGAAAAACAAAUGCCUGUAAACGAAUCCGUUUUUAAUUCUUUAAUAAUGGGACAUUUUCAAGCAAAUGAUGUGAAAAGCGCAGUAGGUAUUUUAGGUGUCAUGAAACAGGCUAACGUGAAACCUUCAUCGGAAACUUAUUCAACAUUGUUGUGCGGCUAUGCCAAAAAUGGUGAUAUCCCAGCUAUUAAUGAUAUUCUGUCACAGUGUGAACAAGAAGAUGUAGAUUUAUCAGACAAAGAUAUUUUAGAAGUUAUAUACACUCUUGCAAUAAAUAAACACACUGAUCUUAUCGAACAGUUGGCUGAUAAGCUGAAGAAAUUACCAGGAUUUAACCAAGAUGCAAAGAAUGUCAUACUUCGUCUUCUAGUAAAAGGUGAAGACGAGGCUGCUAUAAAAGUAUUUCGCAUGAUGUUACCUGUCAAUGCGUCGGAAGGUGAAAGCGUGGCUAUUGGGAAUUUUUUGAUUAGGCAGAUGGUUAAAUGUCAUAGACCUGUUGAGAAGAUCAUCGACUUCUGUAAUGAAUUGAAAAAAUCAGGAGAAAAUGUUUCUGCUAUUUUUGUCGCCACUGAAGCAAGCUUGACACAUGGUGAACCACAAACGAGCUUAAAACUUUUAACAGAAUUGGCCAAAGAGCAUGAAUUAUGCCCUCAUUACUAUUGGCCGAUUCUCGUGCAGUUUGGAAAAGCAAAGAAUUAUGAUGGGAUGAUUGAUACUUUAACACAAAUGAUUGAAGAAAUAGGCCAGCCUGCUACUGGUGAAACCUUGAGGGACUACGCCGCCCCUUACAUCCCUCAAGACGAGCAAGGUGUUCUUCUUUUAUCUAGAGCCGGAGUACCUGUGGCUACGAGUGCUGCUGCUAUGAUUGGCAAUCUCCUGGCAAAAAACGAUAUUAAAACUGCUGCUAAAAUUGGUUUGCAAUUCAAGGCCAAUUAUACAAAUCCACAGCUGUGCAGGAACGUCGUACUCUCUUUCAUCAAUACUAAGGACCUUGAAUCUUUCAUUACUCUGGUGAGGGUCAUUGUCGACAGUUCCAAAGAAGAUAACGAUUUAGCCGGUAAAAUGUUACUCGAUCUUGUUCAGUUGUUGAGGAACAAUAGAUCCCAAACCCUAUCAACAGUAUUAAAGGCUUAUCUUGAUUCUGGUUUGGCCAUCAGCAAUCAAGUGUCUGAAGAGUUACAAAAUAUGCUCAAUGGUACGGAACUCACUUCUGAGAUUGAAGAGCUUCUUUCAAAACUUGUCUCUUCGGAAUUGACUCCAUUGGAACUGGAAAGACCAAAUCGACAGAAAAUUAUGACGACAGAAGAUGAAAUUAUCAGAAAUAUCAAGAUAGCCACUUCUAGAGGUGAGCCAGCUUGGAAUUUAAAACGACAACUUCUAACUCUUUAUUGCACGAACAAGGAUCUUGAAAAAGCUGAACAGAUCAAGAAGGAAAUGGAGGAGAGUGGCUUUGAAUUUCUGGUCGGUUUAAAUGUAUUGAUCAUGGAUCUAUAUGUGUAUCACGAGAAACUUCCUGAAGCUCUGGAAUAUUUGAACAAAAUAUUUGAAAAUGAAGAUGUCGAAAUUGAUCCUGGUAAAGUGAUCAAAAUGGCAGCGCUCAUGGUGAAGAAUAACAUGACUCAGGAAGCCAUUGAUCUGAUAUCCAAGAGGAAGCCACACGAAGUCGAUUCUACGUCAGAUAGAAUGACUCAUUUCAACUCACUUGGUUGGAGAAUUCUAAAUAUCUUGGCCGAAAACAAGGAUGUCGAAAACCAACGGAAAAUGUUCAACGUCCUCAUGGAAAAAAAUUAUGUUUUACCCAACAAUAUGUUGCUUGGACCUUUGUUAAAAGUACAUCUCCUAAGGGAUGAUCUGGACUCUGCUCUGAAAUUUUUCGAAGAGUGUUGCCAUAAGUAUAGAGCUACUCCCUGGAAGAACGAAAUCGCUUGCAAGCUCAUACAAAAAGAGGAUCCAGUCGCUUUGCAAAAGUUAACGGAUCUCUCAACGCAGAUUCAUGGUGAAAUCAACAGCCUUUACGAUCUUGUUCUGUCUUUUGUUGAAUGUGGAAGAAUAAGACAAGCUAGAAAAAUCCUUGAGACGCCUGGGUUAAGGAGCAGGACACUGCGCCUCAACUCAGCUUGUGAGAGGUACGACAGCGAAGGCCACGUCACCCAUCUUGAAAAUUUGGUCGAGGUGACAAAAGAUCUGCACCAUAUUGACAGGGCAGACAUUUAUUACCAUCUUUUGUCUUUGUAUUGUAAGAACGAUCAGGUAGAUAAGGCAAUGGGAUUAUGGACACAAAUGCAAGACGAAGAUGUUCAACCCAGCGAAGCAUUCUUAUAUAAACUUGGAAUCCUUCUAAAAAAACAUAAUAAACCUGUGCCGUUUGCUGUUCCAUCCAUGACAGUUGUUCCAGAGGAUAGAAAAUCAGGGCCAACUAGUAAAAAUUUUAAUUUAAAAAAUUAUCGUGCUGCUGUUAAUUCAAAGGAUGCUGACGAGGCUCUUAACUGUAUAAAAAGGGUAAAAGAUGAUGAUCUAACAAAAGGAGACCGAUCGAAAUUGAUUCUUUUAUUGUGCACCAACGGGCGUCUCGGGGAAGCCACUAAGUUGAUAUUGGACUGGUUAGAGAAGGAUAUAAGAGUCAAUAUCAGACCUUUGAGCUACCUGAUAAACCAGCUUGCGUUAGUUGGAGACAUUGAUUCUUUAAACAAUCUAGGAAAUAAACUUGAUGAGGAAGUUAAAAAGAUGACCUCAUUCAGCAAUCGAAUCGCUCACUGCAUGACCGAAGCUGGGAGGGCCGAGGAACUCCUGGCUGAUUUGGAAUCGAAACUAAAAGCUGCUACCUCUGAGGAUGAAUUAAAAACGUUACAAAAAGAGUUUCCUAGGGGAGGCAUAUUCUCUAUCUUAGACACACCUAAUCUCCUCUCUAAAUUUGAAGAAAUCGCUCUCUUGUACAGAGAGAAAGGAAUCCUGGAGCCAACAAAUGUUCUCUGGGCCCAUUACGUUAUUACGAGAAAUACUGAGAAAGCAGCCGAGGCUUGGUCUCAUCUUAAACCUCUAGAUAAACUUCUUUUUCAACCAAUUUUGAAAUACAUUCGUAAAGCUGGAGAUCUUCCUAUGGUCAAAGAAGUCAUAGAGACAUAUAAAACUGGGAAUUUUCCUUUGCAAGGUUUGGGAGUUCUUUACAGUACUGGAAUUGACGUUGCUAUCCUCUCAGGAAAUUUCGAAGAGUGUGAAAAGCUUCUGGAGCGAGGAAUCGAGGAUUGUACCAUUGAUCACAUUUCCAGAACAACACUAUUGAGAGCCAAGAAGUUAUACGAAAUCAAAGAAAAGGAAUUCAAACACAAGAUUCCUUUGAAAUAUUCACCUGUCAGGGGCUCUUCAUCAUCGUCAGACAGCGAUAGUGACGGUGAAAGAAAUAUAAAGAAGGCAACAAACUAGUAAUUUUAGAAUUAGUUUUUAUACCCUAAUAUAUAUAUUUAUAUUUGAUUCAUCGAUUGUGUUAGUCACGGUAAUAAACUGUUUUUAGACUAUUUUUCGGUUACGUAGUAUUUAAUAGUAAUUAUCAUAUUUCCACUAGUUAAGAUAGUUUUGCUAUGAUUUGUACUGUGUUUCUCUGAUGUAUAUUUUCUUUUUAUUGAAUUGAAUACUAUAUAAUUGUUUUGUUUUUUUGAAAGAGUAAUAUAAACUUAUACCUUAGUAAUAUUACCAGGGCCGCUAAUCCUACAAACCAUUGUUAUUGAUUCAAUAAGAUUUUGCAGUUAUUUGCUUUAUAAGUUUUUUUGUUAUUGUUUUUUAGUCAAAUGUCUUUUUGUCUUCAAAUAAGCAAUGCAUCUUUGACUUAACUUAGUUAUUGUAAAGUGUUAGCUUUAAAAAUUAAAAAUACUAUGUACAGUGUAUAUAUUUUUAUGGUUAUGUAAUGUAUAUAUAUCACUAAUAAAUUUUUCUUUUUUUUAAUAUA